UUACACUGAGUUCAAAGCUGAAGUGCGCGCUCCGCCCAAUAUACGCUCCCGCGAGCUUCAGGUCAGGAGCGCGUGAAUAACGAGCCUCCAGCACGCGCCAAACAAUCCGUGCGCAUUUCAAACUUUCAGUUUUGACACUUUCGGAAGACCAAAGGUAUACUUCACCUUUGUUUAUGUCGGGUAAAGACUCCACGAAAGAAAACCAUGAGCAUAUCAAAGUCCAAAAUUAAGAAACUGUUUGGGAAGUCGAAGAGCUUCGAUAAGGAAGGCAGGGAUGCUGACAGAACUGAGGGUCAGAUGGGCACUCCACCAGAAGACGACCAAGUGAGUCUCAGAAGUUCGGCCAUGACUUUACCAUCGAGCCCGAGAGAUGUCACCUCAUUCCCGGACUCACUGCCCACCAGCCCCAGCGAGAAGAAGAAGAAACGCUUCCCGACCUGGAGGUCCAAAAAGAGGAAUAAAGAUAAAGAGUUUCUCAGUAAUACCGGAGAAAUGUUCAACCACAGGAGUUUUGAUCAGGUGAGCAUCCAAACAGCGGACUAUGUGAUGACCGACACCUGCCCCACCCCUGUCCGCUCUCGGUCUAGUUCCACGCUAAGCCUGGAUCUCGAAUCACUUCAAGAUCCAUCUUCUCCCAAACGCAAACACAGGAAGAGUUCUGAGGAGAAGAGUGGAGUUUUUAACCGCAUUGGAAGCUUUUUCAACCGGAAGAAAAAAAGCAGAACCGCAUCGGAUGACAGGGAUGAAAAUUUGUCACCAGAGGCAAACAGCCCACCCGGGUCCUCAGAAUCCAAGGAACUGAGACAGACUCAACACAAAGAUAUCGACGACUCUGUGUUUGGGCCGGAGAAUAGAAGUCCCAGUGUGUGUAGCAUAGCCUCCAAUGUUGCAGAUGGAGGAGACCUGCCUUUUGCUGACAGCGGCAGCAGCGGACGAGGAAGCGUAAAAGAGGUGGAAGUGUUCAAGGUGAGCAGGGUUGAAACCUCCAGCGACAAGAAGACAGAGAAUCUGGUGAAAGAGGUGAAAAAGAAGCUCAAGGUGUACCUGGAAGAGACAACAGAUCUUACAAUAAAGAAAUGUGCAGACGGCCCUAUACACACUCCUGACACGCCAAAGUCACCCGCGGUCACAAGCGGGACGGAGAGUAAAAAGACAGUUUUGAAAACCACCAUCACAGGUGGUGGGAAUUACACAGCGUUGGUUGGGGUGACUCUGGGAUCACAGUCCAGAAACUCAUCAUCCUCUGAUAUUCAGCCUGGAGAACCGACAGAAACAGAAAGCAUGGGGAAGAAAAACAGCGCCAAACGAAAAUCACGUAAAAUAAGUAAUCAAGAAAGCAAUAAUGAGCUUCUUGCCCCAACGAACACCACUUCUCCUGAGGCAGAGGAGAGGUCAGUGCAAUCAUCUGCCUCACCUGGUCAAGUACACAGAGCCGUGUGGGCGGAAACUCACCUGACAGAGGAGGAGAGUGAGAGCUCAAUUACUGACUCACUCUCUUCUACAGAACCUGCUCCGGCCAGCCCAGUCGAGAGUUAUUCUGCCCUCAGCGCAGCUCCUAGCAACACUCCGGCUCCUUCUCAAGCUGCGGAGCAAGCCAUCUUCACCUUACAUGCUCCAAAGGACAGCACUGACCCACCAGAGGAAACUCCAGACAGCCUUGUUCCUAAACGCCUGCAUGCUGAGAGCAAUGAAGAGAAAAGCAGAAGCUUGAAACUGUCGAUGAGUGACAAAGUCUUUGCUAAAAGAGUGUUUGUUGGUUCACAAUCAAGCCUAGACGGGGAAGAACAAGCAGACACAGAGACUCAAAGUGAGACUGAUUUGGAUUUAACCCAGAAUGUACAGCAGGUUAAGGUGAAAAUAUUACCAAACCCUAAAAGUGUAAACGUCAAGCAGUCUUACCGACAGACAAACGAGUCAGUAGGAGAUUGUGCUGUUUUUGUCCAAGAGCAGCCUCUUGAUGUGGAUGUAGAUCGCCCCUCUGAACAUUCAUCAGAAAACAAAGACGCUACAGACUUUGGGGAGGAAUUGGAUUUGCCAGACAUGCCAAUUAAUAAAAUAACACUGAACACUGUGAUGAGUAGUCAUCAAAACUCAUCUAUGCCAUCCAGACGUACAGACAGAGCCACCAGUGGACCAAAUGGGGGAAUUAAAGUAAAGAGCCCUCCACCACAAGUUGCCCCUAAAACAAAAGCUGUAAUGUCUCGCAUUAAAAGCCUCUCUGAGGCAUCAAAGAUUGAAGUGCUUCCAGUACGGAGGAUUUCGCAGAAGCAGACAGAUCAAAAAGAGAUUAAAUCACCAACAGAAAAGGACCAGUCUGUUACACUUAAUAAACCAAAUGAAUUCAAGACCGGAAUUCCCAAGAAAGCCACACCAGAGGUUCAAACAAAACCAAAGAAAGUGGUGGAGGUUGUUACAGUGUAUAGUGUUUCUACAGAAGCUGAAAGACAGAGGUCCACCAAAUGUCAGAAUGAAGAAACAUCAAUAAGUCCAGAGCGGAAAAUUUCACUGACUAAGAAAUCAGAAGAGAAGGAUGUUUUGGAUGCCUCACCAACGACAAAAACUUCUCAACCCACUAAAGAACAGGUCAAUCUUUCAAAGACUAAAAGAGAAAGAAGUAAAGAACUAAAACAUUCCCUGUCUUUGGAUAAAUCCCCAUCUUCCCCAUCUUCCCCAUCUUCAUUGGAGAAUUCUGGUUCAACAAAACUUAACACUGAAUUCAAAACAUUUAAAGAUAUCCAAAAGUCAAAAACACAACCGACAGCUGCCACUGACAGAAGUCCAACAUCAAAAAGUAGUUUUUCCUAUUCAAAGAGUAAAUUCAAAUUAGGUGACACUAGCAACAAAAGUGAGACAAAACUUUCUUCCUCAGCACCUGGCACUGACACGUCAGAUAAGAAUAUUGAAAAGGAGAAGCCAGUGAAUGAAACCCAGCUGAGCGGGCCAAAGAGUCCAAAGAAAUUCAUGACUGAUGUGUCACCAACAGGAAGGAAGAUGCCUCGAACGACAUCAUCGAGCCUUCAGAAACAGCCCUCAGAUAGAGAGGUUGCCCAAGGAGAGAGUGAGUCACAUGAACCAGCCUCACUGCCACUUACCAAGCCAGAGAGAAAUGAGUCAUCACCGGUUAACGGUCCUGUUGCUGAUGGCAAAUCUUCCAAAUAUGAUCAAGCCACUGGGAAUGCUGUGGACAGGGUAUCGCCAGAGCUCAAAUUGAAAAGUCCUGUUAAGGAGGUGGAUGAUUUACAGUCACAUCUCAAAAGUUCCACUAAACUCAAACCCAAGAAAGAUUUUAGGAAGGCAGAGCCAGCUGCAGCUUCAGAUUCAAAAACAGACAAAGGUGAGAAAACAAAAAAUUUGUCUGUCACACCCACAGCUGCUUUGAAAUCUGACAAAGAAGAUAUUUCCAAGCAAACAAAAGCCAUUUCUGAAAGUGAAAAUUGUGUUGCUGCAGAGACCAAAGUCACUCCAGAUGUGCCACUUUUAGAAAACAAAAUUUUACAAAACAGUCGACUGACAGAAUCAAAUCUAUCAGUUUCAUCAAACCCACAUGCACAAGUUGCAUCAGAUAAACAGGCAGAUAUUACUAAGCCAGUUGAAAUUUCUACAGCAUCCAAGACGGCUAAACAAUCAAAAGCCUCUUCUGAAACCAAUGGUGAGAAAUCUGGUGCUGCUGAGAAAGUCACACUGGAAGUGUCUUCAGAAAAGAAAGAUUUGAACUCAGAAAAGCAGACAGAGUCAGAUCCAUCAGUUUCACCAAUCCUACAUGUCCAAGAUGUACCAAAUAAGAAGUCAGUCAAAGAAAAGCCACUUACUGGAUUCAAGAAAGAGAAAUGUGGCUCUUUCAAGGAAAAUGAAAUUUCUUCAAUACCUGUGACGGACCAAUACAGAACCAGUGAUCUUAGCACUCAAAAUAUUGGUAAACAAUCAAAAGUCUCUUCAGAAACGGAGGGUGAAAAAUUUGGUGCUGCUGAAAACACGGUCAAAUUAGAUGUGUCGCUUUCAGAAAACCAAAAUUUGCAAUCCAUAAAACCACAGACUGAAUCAAAUAUACCAGAGUCACAUGUCCAAAUUACGCCAAAUAAGCAGUCAGAUGUUGACCCAGACAAGAAAGCGAUGUGCUCCCUGUCUAAGGCAGAUGAAAUUUCUGAAAUUCCAAAGACAGCCAAACAAUCAAAAGCCUCUUUUGAAACGAAGGAUGAAAAAUCAGGGGAUACUGAAUCCAAAUUGAAACUGGAUGUGUUGAUUUCAGAAAAGAGCGAUUCACACUCAGAAAAACAAAAGACAGUGACAGAUUUACCAGUUUCAACAGAAUCGCAUGUGCAGCAUGCUUCUAAUAAACUGCCAGAUGUUGUUAAAGAGAAGUCCCAUGUUGGGUUUGAGACAACCUGUAAUCUGAGUGGUCAAGAUAAAGAGAAGUCUCGCUCUUGUCAGGAACAAUUCAGUCAAGUAAUUUCAGAGGACUCAUCUGAAACAACCCAGAAGACUGAGACCAAAAAGCUCAGUGUGGAAAAUGCUAUGAAUUCAGAUUUAAAACAAUCAAAACCAACUACAAAACUAGAUGAAAAGGUUAAAAGUGAAGAAGAAAGUGGCAAACACAAAGUAUUAGAGAAGCAACUGGUUCAGUCUGGAGACUCACAUAAAACAAACCCAGAGUGUGUCAAACAGAAUGAAUUAAAUAAAUUGAAGCAAGUUGAUAAGACACCAGUAACAGUGAUCACGGCUCCAGAGGCUGCUUCUAAACCCAUUCGAAAAGUCAAGGAUCUUCCAAAGCCUCAUGAUAAAAUAACAACUACUAACUUACAAAAGCUGAAACCAUCAACUGACCAAAGUGUUCAUCAGUUUAUUUCUCAGAAUCUUCCUUUGGACCCCAAAAGCCUCUCGCAAAAUAGCAAAGCACCAUCUAGUUGGUUAGACGUGGACCGAAGUUUUGAGAAGAAGAAAACAGAGAGACGUUUGGAUUGUUCUGCAAGUGAUGACAAUCUGCUUGACACUUCGGAUGACUUUGAUGAUUUCAUUCGUAACAUCAAGGAGAACUGCUCCCCUUUCUCUUUGCCACCAAGAAAACAUGGGCAGAACAAAAUGCCGUCACCUCCUUUUGCCAUGCCUGCCAUUAAAGAAGAUCACUUUGAGAAGAUAUUUGACCCAGAACAGUUCCAGUUUGGGACAAGAAAAGCUGCAGGACCUAAAGACCCCUCUCCAGCCAUGAUGAUCAAGAAGAAAAAUGAAGAGGCAAAAACCAACCCACUGCCCAAACGUUCUGAGGACAGCCUUCUUUAUAAAAGUCUCUCCUCUAGACGGGAACAAGCCCAAGCUAAAAAGGUCACAGUCACUGACGAGAAAACUGUUGGGGAAAAACCGAACACUGAGGGCUCUGGAAAAGUGUCCUCAAGAUUGGAAAGAAUGUCAAUCAUCUCAAACCUUGUGAAAUCCCCAAACACGGCAAGAAAAGCCCAGAACGAACCAAGCUCUCUCAUUGAUGGCAUUCAGUCACCCAUAACACCACCCCCAGAGGCGUUGCCAACCUCAGGAGAUCGAAAGGACAUACUGCUGUCCCAUGCUGUCACCUCUGCAAAAGAGGGGCUUGGUGAUUUGCCAGAUUCUGGCAGUGUAAAGGCAGGACCUGGUGAUUCAGUAAAGAGCCCUUCCACACCUCCAGCUCUUCCAAGUUUCUCAGAAGUCAAGCUGCCUGACUUUUUGGAGAAGUACAUGAAUAAAGGGAAAGAUGCAAACACCAUGAGCCAGCAAAAGCCUGACACUGGCUCUGUCCCUGUCCCUGCAUUGGAUUUGAAUCUCACUUCCAAUAAAUUUAACUCAAGCAUGGGACUGCAAGGCAUAUCAGGAUUAACAUCUCCAUCCAACAUCACUCCGCAGAUUCCACUGCUCACACCCACCAGUCUUUCACCAACAUACGCAGAGACACCAGGUGUCCGAAGCUUCCACAGACGUCCUGGAAAGAUUGUGAUAUACCAACAACAUAAUUUUGGAGGAGAGGCAUAUGAGGUGUUCAGAGACAUAGAGGAUGCCACCUCCAUAAACCUCUCUCCACUCAUUUCCAUUAAGGUCGUUAGAGGAUGCUGGCUGCUGUAUGAAAAGCCAGGUUUCCAGGGACGGUCCAUCGCUCUGGAGGAGGGGCCAGCAGAGAUAGCAAAUGAGUGGGCGGAGACAGAGCCCAGUGGGGAACUGGGGCCCAACGGCCUGCCACUCCCAACCACACCCAUGGUUAUAGGCUCCAUUAGGCUUGCAUUAAGGGACUACAGCACACCAAAAAUCGACCUGUUCACAGAGCUGAAUGGUAUGGGCCGAAUGUCUUCAUUCUGUGAUGACACCAUAGAGACCUGUUCAUUUGGUAUUCCUCAGAAUACUGGGUCCAUUAAGGUUCACAGUGGAGUAUGGAUGGUUUUUAGUGACCCAGGUUUCCAGGGUAUUUUGGCUGUUUUGGAGGAAGGAGUGUAUCCCUGCCCUCAGGACUGGGGCUUUCCCGCCCCCUUUGUCGGAUCACUGCGGCCCUUGAAAAUGGGUCAAAUUAAGGUGGAAAACCCCAAUGAAAUUAAGGUGCUACUCUUUGAAAAACCAAUGUUUCAAGGGGAGUGCAUAGAGAUCGAAAAGGACAUUUACAACUUUGAUGAAGGAGAGGAAGAGCAGAAUGAAGAAGAUGAGACUGAGAGUCCUGACAGCACCAGGAGAAAGAGACUGAGUUCUGUGGGCUCAAUGAAGAUACUGAGUGGUCUCUGGGUAGGAUAUUCUGCACCAGGGUUCGAGGGUCGCCAGUAUCUUCUGGAGGAAGGAGAGUAUGCAGACUUCAGUGACUGGGGUGGACUGGAAGACAGGCUCCUCUCUAUUCGUCCAGUGUUAGCAGAUUUCAUGACUCCUCAUGUGAGAAUGUUCAGUGAGCGGGAUUUCAGCGAGAGAGGGUUGAAUGUGGACCUGCUGGAACCUGUCCUUAGCAUGGAAACCACUGGCUUUGGCAUAAAGACACAAUCGGUUGAAGUCCUCUCUGGCGUGUGGAUAGCAUUCGAGAAGGCACGCUUCUCAGGCGAGCUGUAUGUUAUAGAGAAGGGUCUCUACGGCCGUCCGGAGGACUGGGGAGCACACAACUGCAAGAUUUUGUCAAUUCAGCCUGUGGUUUUGGAACAAGCUGAAGGACUAUCCAGAUAUAAGGUGCAGUUGUUUGCUGAACCAGGGUUCAAGGGAGCAAUGCAGAUUUUAGAGGAAAGUCUGGCAUUCCUGCCAGAGGGCUUCCACCCCAUGUCCUGCAAAGUUUUGGCUGGAAGCUGGGUGGUGUUCGAUGGCCCACAGUUCACCGACAACAUGUAUGUACUGGAGGAAGGAGAAUAUCCCAAUCCUGAGGCUCUGGGCUUACUCUUCUCUGAUUGCAAAAUCAGCUCCGUCCACACUGUAGGACAUGAGUUCUCUAUGUCCUCCAUCACACUCUUCUAUAAAUCCGGCUUCAGAGGACGUAAAGUAGUUCUGACCGAUGGCGUUUUGAACCUGUCUCUGGCUGGCAUUGAUGGACGGGUCAAGUCUCUAUUGGUCAAUGGAGGAAUCUGGGUGUUAUAUGAAUACAGCAACUUCCGUGGUCGUCAGGUCCUGCUCCAUCCCAGCGAGAUCGGCGAUUGGCAGAAGUUCAGAGGCUGGGAGCAGAUUGGCUCUCUGCGUCCAUUACUACAGAAACGUGUUUAUUUCCGGCUGCGUAGUGCAGAGACAGGCUGCUUCAUGUCUCUGACUGGACCCCUGGAUGAUUUAAAGCUGCUGCGGGUUCAAGUGCUGGAGGAAACUACUGGUCUAGAGCAGAUAUGGGUCUAUGAGAAUGGACUGCUGCGCUGCAAGAUGGUGGAGGACUGUUGUGUGGAGACGUCUGGAGGUGUGGUGAUGGCAGGUGGCAGGUUGAAUGUCUCACCUGAACCAGGCAAAGACAAUCAGUUCUGGAGCAUCACAGGAGACGGAAUCAUACGCAACAAUCUCAAGCCCGACCUUGUGCUGGAGGUCAAAGGUGGCCAACAGUAUGAUAAAAACCAGGUGAUUCUCAACACCUUUGACGAGCAGAAAACUAACCAGAGAUGGACUGUGGAAAUCCUUUAGUGCUCCAGUCAAAUCAGAGCCAUUUCUGUAACGCCUGCUAUUUAGAAGAAACCCGAAAUCAUCUGAGACUCUUGUGCGCUGAGAAGAUGAUGGGAAUCUAUAACCUAUUAAUGACUCUGAUGAAUCUGUCACUGAUGGGAUCAUUAUCCCGAUAAGAAUGUGUGCAGGACCAAAUCUUUUGAAAUCAUCCAUCUAGAUUAGUUGUCUACAUGAAUGAUGUACCUUUGGAUGUUCAACAGAAGUCCAUCGACUACAUCAAGGACCUUAAUGAGACCUGCAGUAGUUUCUUCAUCUUUUGUGCUAGUACUUUUUUAUUGUAAUCCUGCAUUGGCCCAGAAACAAGAGGUACUGUCCUGCUUGCAAUGCAAUAACAGUAGCAAAGGGGGCGCACUAGCAUCAGGAUUUGCAUGUAGCUGCAUUUUACUUGACCUUGUUCAUUUUCAGCAAAGAGCCAAGGUUAGUCAAGUUUGUAUGGCCCAGUUUACCCCUUGCCUGUCAUAAAAACUUUUUAGGGACAAAAAGCACCUUCUUCCAUUUAUCAGCAGCUGUGUAUUCUGACCUAAUUUUUUUUUUCCAAAAAUAUAUCUAAAUCAUAGAUGCUUAGUAUAGUCCUAUACUAAUAGUACUUAGAGCAGCAGAUGUUUUACUAGUGCCUUAAAAGCUUGAGGGCUCCUGAUAGCUUGAAAUAGGCUUUUUCAUGAUGGUCACUACUAGUAAAGGGCUCGUACAGGUUCUUGUAGUGCCAUCAGCCAAUCAGCAGUCAAGACAUACUUUUCUUGUGGCUCCAGAGUAAUUAAUCACAUAUAUAUAUAUAUAUCUCAGAUGAUUGGCUCAAAGUAACCUGGCUGCAGAACUGAGCACUCAUGAAAAAAAGAGUUUUUGCAGCAGAUGAGCAACUGCUGUUGAGAUGAAUGAGAAGACAAACUGGUAUUAUAGACCUCACUGAAUGUAAGGCAGCAUCUAUUCACCUGCCAUUUCAACUUGCUGAAAUCAAAAUGUGGGAACUUACUGACAGUUGCUGUACCAAGUAUUUUUUUAGUGUAUAAGAAUAUUCUGCAAAGUAAGUCUAUAAAGCACUAUUGCACAUAUCAGAACAUUAAAGAAAUGUUUUCUCCUAAAUGUGCUGAUCUGGUAUCAGUUCAGUCCUGUUCACAAACUCCCAUUCAUUUGAAAGCUCUUACUCUCUGAGCCUGUUUUCUUUUACAAAGAUUUUUUAGGUUGUUUUUUUGUUUUGUGUAUACAUUUUCUGAUGCGUUUAGUCAUUUAAGUUUUUUUUGUGUCCAUACCCAUAUUUCCAAAAUACACUGUUACAUUUAGAAUAAAACUUUUUUAUUCUGUUUGUUUGUUUUGA